CCUCUAAAAUACCUUUUAAAGACUUCAUAGAUAGCAAGCUUAGAAUAUUGUACAUCAAACUCAAUCUGUAUCUGUAAAUACACAGCACAAUUUUCCAAAAAAAUUCCAAAGUACAAAAUGUCGAACAGCGGUUCAGAAGUAUUUGUAAAUCUACAGAGUAACGAUGGCGUGCUUCAUACAGUGGACAUUCGAUUGGCGCUACAAUUUGGAGCCAUUCGCGAUAUUGUAGAAAUAGAGAACGGGAAGUAUUCACAUGAUGUUAUUCCUCUGGCCAGAGUCGAUUCCAAAACAAUGAAAUUUAUAAUAAAGUGGUAUACAGGGGUGCAAGAUAUCGGAGUUUGUGAAGAGACUACGGGAAUGCAAGUUCUCAAAGGACUCCUUAAGGAUCAAAAUGCCGAACCUUUGUUCCUUUUGCAACUCCUUUUGGCCUCAGAUUAUCUUGGGCUGGACGUCUUUCUGGAGCCUGGAACCAAACUCCUUGCAAAUGUCAUCAAUUCCUGUCAAAGUACCGAAGAAAUUCGCAGACUUUUCAACGUAGAAACUGACUAA